AUGUCCCCUAACCCCAUUUUCGAUCUCUGCUUCGUUUCUAAAGAUGCGGCCACCCUGGUCGGUCCGGCCUCGCAUUUGGCCUGGUCCUCGGACGGUUAUGCACUCGCUGUCGCCUGGCAUCAUUGCGGUUGGGCAUUAUGGUCUGUCUCCGGCGGAUUACUCUACACCAGUCUGGGUGAACGUGUCGAUCUGGCUGGGCAACUGAGAUUGACCAGUUUAGUAAGUCUGUGUUCAAUGUACCUGAUCGCCGUCUCAUCUGCAAAGCAGAUGCGCUUCCAAACUAAAAUGUUGGUUUAUCUAUUUUGGAGAAAAAUGAUCGCUCUUUUGUCGGACUCACUGGAUACGAUAAAUCCUCCUCAGGUUACUCCGCGUUCCUCGCGCAACACUGCUUACGUCAUUGGUUGCAUUAUUUGCUUACGUUAUUAUACACAUGACCACAGUGCUCGUCGGCGAGCUAAAAAAAAAUCUGUUUCGCGCGGAAUCACAUACUUUCCACGUUUUGUUUUCCGAAUACAAUUGUCUUGA